AUGCCCCUCAGUUUAUAUCAGAUAUGCGUUGCAUACUGGUUAGCAUGUACUACGGUCAUUUAUAUCCUUGGAUUAUUAGCUAUAGGAAAAACUGGAAAAUCAGAAACAAUUAUGGGCCUAGUUUGUUUCGGUAAGUUUAGAAAAGAUCACAUUUUCAAAACUUGGUUGAGGAUGAUCGAAGUACCGAAAAGGAUGUUUUGGAUUUUUUACUUAAUCGCUUUCGUCGCUGUUCUGUUUGCUUUUAUUGAUGUUAUUGGCGGCCAACUACAAUAUAAUGGUAACCUUGUUUUUAUAUCAGUGGGCCUUUUGCUUUAUCUAAUACACGUAUUACGUCGUCUAUAUGAGUGUCUUUACGUCUCGAUCUUCUCCGAUUCCAACAUGAAUAUUUUGCAUUUUCUUUUAGGAAUCACUUUCUAUCCAUUUUGUGUUUGCUCACAACUUUCAUCGUUUACGUUAGACAAGAAAGCAGAAAUAAAUAUUUCAUCAAUAUUACUUUAUAUGAUAUUGACCAUUGCUAUACUUGUGGUUCAGAUACAACAACAUCAUUGCUUCGUCUUACUUGCUCAACUGCGCUUGCGUAAUGGAUUAAGUGCGAACAAUGUGUAUGUAGUACCACAUGGCGGCCUUUUCGAGUACUGUUUGUCACCUCACUAUUUCCUUGAAAUCAUAAUUUAUUUCUUAUUUGCAUUGAUUUACCAAUUAUCGAUACCUAUGCUGUUAUGUUUUUUAUUUGUAACCGUAAAUCAGACUAUCGCUGCUUUAUUGAAUCAAAGUUGGUAUCGAAGACAUUUUCGUGAGCAUCCCACCCAGAAAGCUCUGAUACCUAAAUUUUACUAA